GGGCAACAGGAUGCACAGUGUGCUAAAUAUAUCGAAGCCAAUACCCCACGUUCCAGUUGGGAUCGUUGAGUGGCUGAUACCUCAUCUUGAGCAAUGUGAUGAAGCUGGAAUCGCCGAGUGGCCGUGAUUGUCGACAAUCACAGUAUCAGGACAGAUAGCAUCACGAAGAGCUCAUACGUAAAGUGUUAACUUCGCGCGGCCGUUGGGCAUGGAUUGACGACAGUCUUUUGAAGAAACUGAAUCGACGGUAUACCAUGAUAGUUAGGCAGGCCAAGUCCUCCGCAUGGAGAGUGGUCUUGUUAAUUACCUACAAUCAGGCUUGCUAAAACCUGACUAUGAUCAGCCCCCGUUGGCUGAGCUGACACGCGCUCCCUUCUGCCCGUCCUUUCAGGCCAGAGGUCUUUCUGGAUCACCAUCUUCCCUGUUCGACCAGAAGAUAUCCGUAAAUUGACUCCGUCGACGGCCAACGUGUAUCCAUGCCUUUCUUCAAGUCGACAAACAAGUCUCAUAGCUCGAUCGAAGAACCCCGAACCGAGCAUCCACACCAUCAGCCUCACCCUAGCUCAUCUUACGGAUUUGAUCACAAUCCUGACCGCUACAAUCAGCAACCCCUGACCGACGACCAGUAUCAAUUCCAAGACCCUCAAUCUCCCUCCCAGCCUUAUCCAGCCCAGCAGCAGCUCGCUCGAAGUCAGAGUGUUUCGGCCGGGGAGGUGUAUGGCGCGCAGCGACCUAGCGUGAACCUCCUUCCCCCACCAACAUCACCACCUGUGAUCUCACAACCACCUCCUCACAUUCCUGGCCAAACACUGUUUGGACAAUCAAAGUCGGCUCGCAUCGAGCGCGAGGAAAAACAGAAAAAACCCAAGCAGAACUUCAUAACGGGACUGAUCAAGGGCAAGUCCCGGGACGAAGAUAGGGAGAGGGAGAAAGAAAAGGAAAACACCAGCAAGGCAAUUGGUCGUUCGGCAUCUGUCCAUCUGCUGAAGAAGUCACCAGUUCCCGAUCAAAAUACCCGCGAACCGUAUUCACAGCAAAUCUCACCGUCAAGCCAGAACAGGCAUUCCGCAUUCUAUCCUCCCACCGAGACUGUUAUCCCGAACAGACCAUCAGAUCACCCUCAACAUCAAGGCCUGCCUGCGGAUCUCCAUCAACAAGUCGACUACGAGGAAGACGCUCCGCGCUUCGACCCAGAACGAGAGCAAUACCACCCCUACCACCAAACCGAAUCGUCCAAUACCUCGGACCAGUGGGAGCACCCUCGACACGGCAAUCUAGAGUCCGAUCAAUAUCGACACCUUGGACCUCCAUCACAAACAUCUCUCGGUCCGCCAUCACCCUCAGCCAACCCUUCUCAUUCUCAAUUCUUCCAAGACUCACGACCCUCGACAGCUGCCACAAACAGGUACUCCGUCCAGUCCGGAGUCCAGGGUCAACCGUCAACGGGAAUGGCAGGAGGGGAUCCACGCAACGGAAGCCUUCGCCAACAAAUGUCCCAAAGGGAGAAUCGCACUGAAGAACAUAAUCAAUACCAAAACCAAGAUCCCAGAGUCAGGAUGUCACAACAAUCUUCCGAACAAGGCAGAAGCACGCCUCCUCCCAGGAGCAGAGAGGACAUCAGCCAAUUAGACUAUAAUCAGCUCCUUCAACGUCACGAAGAACUACAAGCCAAGUACUCGAAAGUCAAACGCUACUACUUCGAACGAGAAGCUCAAGUCACUCAAUUGCAGAAUACUGUAGCGAAUCAGCGCUUGUCCAUGUCACGGACAUCGCUGGAUGAUGGCCAGUAUACUGCGAGGUUCGAACGCUUAAGCCAGGCGAUCAAUAAUCUAUCCUUCAACAUCCGCAAAAACUGGCGUGCAGUUCCUCCCUGGCUUCGUCAUGUGUGCAACCAGGAUGCUCAUACCAUCGGUACCAAGGAAAUGACCGCUGUGGGCCGAGCAUGUAUCACCCGUUGGCUUUAUGAGAGCAUUUUCGAGCGCACUUUCCUACCAGGGAUCGAUCCAGGUCUAUCAGGACAACUGAAGAACAUUGAGAGAAAUCUUCGCCGCUCAGGGCAAGCUGGCUUGCUUCUGACCGACGAACAACGAGAAGACCUCACAACUAAGAUCACAACUUGGCGAUUGACCACGGUGGAAGGUCUCCAGGAUGUUCUUGGCUCAAAUCAAGCGGAGCAGUAUACGGAAAAUCUGACCAAAAUGUUCACACAUCAACUUACCGAGUCAUUGAAAGCAAAUCUGACAGAUCCACCACCUGCCGGACUGACUGAAGGUGUGGGUAUGAUUGUUGGCCAGGCGAUCGGCGUUGCAGCCAAUAUUCCCCUGGAAUCACGCGAUAUCUCUAUCGAAUACUACAUGCCCAACACGCCCGUGAACGACAUGUACAUGAAAGUUGAGCCAGCAUUGACAGCGUUGACCAAUCCGGGUUUAGAUGAGCGCUUGGUUGCCAUGCAAGCAGCACAAGCACAGCAGGAAGGCCAAGAAGGUGACGGGAUGAGCACUGCAAGCACGGAGGACGGCCCACGUGAUGUCGAGGCUGAGAUCCGAGAAGCUGCUGGAAAGGCAGCGUCGCAACAACCUGGUGGAGGGCUUCCAGGUCGACCGGAAAAUGUUGCUAGAGAUAGCCAGACGACGAUCAGGAAUACCAACGAGAAACAAUCCAAGAAAUCAAGCUUCCUCGGAGGUAUCGUGGGCAAGAAGCCUUCAACUCGCCACGAUAGCCGUGCUGGUGUGGCUGAGAACUCUGGAAAUAAUGUUGAUGAUCUGCGCGGCAAUGCCAGAGAAAGCAUGGCGAUCGAUCCGUCACAGGUCGCCCCGCCGCCUGGGGCGAACGAAGGUCGAAUCCGGUUUGCGGCAUUCUUGGCUGUAGAAGUUCGAGGGAAGGGAUUAGGGCAGAGUGCUCCAUCUACCGGCGGCAACAAUAAAGAGCCUGGAUCUGCAUCUGGAGGGAAUGCAAGAGAGUCGGCUGUCAAUGUCCUUUUCAAGGCUCCGGUAUAUGAGUAUUAG